AUGCCCGCGACUUUCGAAGACGGCAAGCUCAAAUUGACGGAAGGCAGCGUCGCAGAAAAGGCUCAUGUCCUGUGUCGCAAUGCUUCAAUUGUUUUGGAAGCAGCGGGAUCGAGUUUGGAGAAGGCGGUGAAAGUCACGGUUUUCUUCGCGGAUUUGGACGACUUUAAGGAGUUCAACGAUGUUUAUGCGCAGUAUUUCCCGCAAAAGCCGGCGAGGAGCGCCAUCGAGGCGAAGAGGUUGCCUGCGGGCGUUACGUUGGAGAUGGAACUGAUUGCUGUGCAGUGA